AUGUUACGAGCUGCAGCUGCUGAACGUAACGCAAUUCCUAUUGCUAAUGUAUUAAGUAUGUAUCUUUUGAAUGAUAUGAAAUUGCUAGAAAUUUCUUCCGGAACCGGUCAACAUGUGAUGAAAUUCGCUGAAAAAUUCCCUGGUGUUACAUUUCAACCGUCUGAAGUUGAUGCUCGAUCUCUUCAUAGUAUUGUUGCUUAUAUUGACCAUUACAGACUCGGUAACGUUCGUGUACCACUAUUCAUUGACGUAACACGACCAGUAAGUCAUUGGGCUCUGCCAGGCGAUUAUGGUCCCCAUUCAGUUGAUGUUAUUCUGAAUAUUAAUAUGAUUCACAUUAGUUGUGAAGCGGCAGUUGAAGGACUUUUUAAGGCUGCUGGGAUAUUAUUGAAGCGAGGUACUGGACUUCUAAUUACUUACGGCCCAUAUGCAGUUGAUGGAGUUAUUUCACCUCAAAGUAACAUUGAUUUUGAUGCUGGAUUACGUAGUCAGAAUCCAGAAUGGGGACUACGAGAUAUCCGUCAUCUAUGUUCACUAGCUUCAAACUGCGGAUUGAGAAUGGUAGCUCGACACAACAUGCCGGCGAAUAAUCAAAUGCUUAUAUUCAGCAGGGAUUCACCGGAAACCAACCCCUAA